GGAGGAGCGGCAGCGGCCAGGCAGCCCAGCUUCGCGAAGGCUCUUGGCGCGCCGCGGCCUGCAGGCACCCAGCAGGUGCCAGCCCCGCCGCCACGAUGCCCAAGAGGAAGGUCAGCUCCAAGGAGGGGGCAGCGAAGGAGGAGCCCAAGAGGAGAUCGGCGAGGUUGUCAGCUACACUGGCUCCUGCAGAAGUGGAAACGAAGCCAAAAAAGGCGGCAGGAAAGGAUAAAUCUUCAGACAAAAAAGUGCAAAUAAAAGGGAAAAGGGGAGCGAAAGGAAAACAGGCCGAAGCUAACCAAGAAACUAAAGAAGACUUACCUGCAGAAAAUGGAGAAACUAAAAACGAGGAGAGCACAGCCUCUGAUGAAGCAGGAGAGAAAGAAGCCGAGUCUGAUUAA